AUGGAGAUCUGUUCGCUGAAGAAUCACAUCAGUAAUCCUCGAAAGGAGUUCAGUUUGCGGCAGCUACUUGAGUUUGGUGUACAGGUGGCAGAGGGGCUUCGUUUUCUGACGGACAAAGACAUCACACAUCGAGAUCUGGCAGCUCGUAAUUGUAUGGUCGAUGCAACAAAUACAGUCAAAAUCACAGAUGCAGUUUUUUCAUGGGACUUCUAUGGAGAGGAGUAUAUGUUUGACAGCUCACGAGAUCGCUUCCUACCGAUUAGGUGGAUGGCACCAGAAAGUCUUAUGGAUGGCUACUAUGACAGACAUUCUGACGUGUGGUCCUGUGGUAUUGUGUUGUGGGAGCUUCUUACAAGAGGCUGCUUACCGUACCAUGAAGCUUCUGACUCACAAGUGAAAGAAUAUGUCAUUCAUGGCUAUUUUCUUGGGAAGCCCAUAAACUGCCCAGACAAAGUUUAUGACCUAAUGAGACAGUGCUGGAAUGUAGAGAGCAGUGAGCGACCCAGCAUCUCCAAAGUCAUCAUGGUUCUGUCGGAAGAACUGACUGGAGAAGUUCACUCGGAAGACAUUUACAUGAACAUGGUGAUGGUAGAGGGAAUGUAUGAAAAUCAGCAGUCCCUUGACAAGGUCAAGAGGAGAGCACCUCUACCUCCUUAA